ACGCGCGGCGCGGAGUCGGAGGCCGGGCGGAGGUACCGGCUCGGGCUUGGGCUCGGGCUCCAGGCGCGGGUUUGGCGGCGCUUCGCCGGCAGGCAGCGAGGCCGGGCGGGCCCUGGGCCCUCGCGCCCCUCCCGCGAGGCCUGCCAUGCAGAGCCCCGCCGGGAACGCGAGCCGGGGACUGCCAGGCGGGCCACCCUCCACAGUCGCGUCCGGGGCGGGCCGCUGCGAGAGCGGCGCGCUCAUGCACAGCUUCGGCAUCUUCCUGCAGGGGCUGCUCGGCGUCGUGGCCUUCAGCACGUUAAUGCUCAAACGCUUCAGAGAACCAAAGCAUGAAAGACGUCCGUGGAGGAUAUGGUUUUUAGACACUUCCAAACAAGCCAUAGGGAUGCUGUUCAUCCACUUUGCAAAUGUAUACCUAGCAGAUCUCACUGAAGAGGACCCUUGUUCACUGUACCUCAUCAACUUCCUCCUGGAUGCCACUGUGGGCAUGCUGCUCAUCUAUGUAGGGGUUCGCGCCGUCAGCGUCCUGGUGGAGUGGCAGCAGUGGGAGUCCCUGCGCUUCGGCGAAUAUGGAGACCCUCUGCAGUGUGGAGCCUGGGUCGGGCAGUGCGCUCUUUACAUCGUGAUCAUGAUUUUUGAAAAAUCUGUCGUCUUCAUCGUCCUCCUAAUACUUCAGUGGAAAAAGGUGGCCCUGUUGAAUCCCAUUGAAAACCCAGACUUGAAGCUGGCCAUCGUCAUGCUGAUUGUCCCCUUCUUUGUCAACGCUUUGAUGUUUUGGGUAGUGGACAAUUUCCUCAUGAGGAAGGGGAAGACGAAAGCUAAGCUAGAAGAAAGGGGAGCCAACCAGGACUCGAGGAAUGGGAGCAAGGUCCGCUACCGGAGGGCCGCAUCCCACGAGGAGUCUGAGUCUGAGAUCCUGAUCUCAGCGGAUGACGAGAUGGAGGAGUCCGAUGUGGAGGAGGACCUCCGCAGACUGACCCCCCUCAAGCCUAUGAAGAAAAAGAAGCACCGCUUUGGGCUGCCCGUAUGACACAUUCCCAUGCUGGGGGUGAUGGGAGGGCCCCGCCAGCCGCUGGUGUGCAGAGGUCAUCCCGCAGCAUCAUUCCUUACCCUCUCUCUGCCCUUCCUUUCUACCUCUGCUCCUCUUGCUGUCUCUGCCCACUCUCGCCUGCCCCCAGACUACUGUGACUUACAAAGAGGGAAGAGGAGCCAGCGCCCGAGGGGGCCACGGGCGGCUGGAGGUCCCCAUUCAGUUGCACUACAAAAACUGACCAAAUAUGCAAGGAAGGAGUUGUGUUUGUUCGUUGUCGUCCCAGACAGUGUUGUGAGGGACCUGAGGCCCUGCCCCGUGUCCAACCGAGUGGCAAGGUGGAAGGAAGCACAGGCACACAGACCGUGGGUGGGUCUCCUCACCGCGGCUGUGGGCAGUGCGAACACGUAACGCCUUUGGGCUAAAAGUGACUCGUUGACCAUGUUGGAACCGGAAUGCUUUCUUCCUCGAAAUGGCUUUUGUAACUAUUGAUUUCUGAAGCUGGUUUUAUGAGCUGUGACAGUGUUACCGGGUUGGGGGUAUGUGUUUAUUUCCUACAAAGUACUUAUGGGACUAAUGGGCAAAACAGAGAUUUUUAAGUCUUCCGUA